AUGAACCGUCCGAUCCAAGUGAAGCCGGCGGACAGCGAGAGCAGAGGGGAAGACAGGAAGCUGUUUGUGGGCAUGCUGGGAAAGCAGCAGACGGACACCGACGUGAGGAAGAUGUUCGAGCCGUUCGGCAGCAUCGAGGAGUGCACGGUGCUCCGCGGGCCCGACGGCACCAGCAAAGGGUGCGCAUUUGUAAAGUUCCAGAACAACGCAGAGGCCCAGGCCGCCAUCAACGCUCUGCACGGGAGUCGUACUUUACCUGGCGCCUCCUCCAGCCUGGUGGUUAAGUUCGCCGACUCGGAGAAGGAGCGAGGGCUCAGGCGGAUGCAGCAGGUGGCCUCUCAGCUGGGCGUCAUCAGUCCCAUGACCCUGCACCUCGGGGCAUACAACGCCUACACACAGGCGUUGAUGCAGCAGCAGGCCCUGGUGGCGCAGUCGGCCUACCUCUCUCCUGUUGCCACGGUGGCGGCGGUUCAGAUGCAGCAGCUCGCCGCCCUCAACCCCAGCAGCAUCAUCGCCACGCCGAUCUCAUCCAUCACCCCCUCCUCAGGUACCAGCACUCCCCCCUCCAUGGCAGGCACACCCGUGCCCGCUUUGCCUCCACCGAUCUCAUUGAACAGCUACGCCUCCUUGCCAGCUCCCAACGGCCAAUCAGCAACCGAAGCCCUCUACACCAACGGGGUUCACGCUUAUCAAGCUCAGAGUCCUGUCCUGGACCCUCUACAGCAGGCGUAUACAGGCAUGCAGCACUACACAGCCACCUACCCUGCUGCCUACAGCCUGGUGGGACAGCCCUUCCCGCACCAGCCCCAACUGGUGGCCCAGCAGCCGCAGCAGCCGCAGCAGCUGCAGCAACGGGAAGGACCCGAGGGCUGUAACAUCUUUAUCUACCACCUGCCUCAGGAGUUCACCGACUCUGAGAUCCUGCAGAUGUUCCUGCCCUUCGGCAACGUCAUCUCUGCAAAGGUGUUUGUUGACCGAGCCACCAACCAGAGCAAAUGCUUCGGUUUUGUGAGUUUUGACAACCCGUCCAGUGCCCAGACUGCCAUCCAGGCCAUGAAUGGCUUCCAGAUCGGCAUGAAGAGACUGAAGGUGCAGCUGAAGAGGCCCAAGGAUGCCAACAGACCUUACUGAGCGAGGAAAACCUAAGAGUUCAAUCAAGAAAAACCACUUGGGAUGUCCCAGCCUUUUUUGGUUGUUUGACCAACCGUAUAGCACAGGAGCAAGACAAAAAGCAGUAUCACACGUAUGCGCUUACAAAAAUACAGCAGUAAUAUCAGCAACGAUCUUCAGAAUCCACACUAUCAGAAGUGCUCCAGAUGUUCCUACUGUAUCAUUCCACAGCUGGAUUCAUUUAUAUUAUGUACAUACUCUAUUGUCGGCAACAAGAUCUACAUGUUAAGAAAAAGCAUAUCACUGAUGUUAUUCUACUGAACAGGGUUCUACUGUAUAGUGUGAUUUGUGGUCUAUGGCGUCAACAGAAGGCCAGUCUACAGUCAGAGGCUAAAGAAAAUACUAUUCUGUAUGAUUACCAUUGGUAAUAUUGUUAUGUAGAGUUAGUUUUAUUAUUUAUACGUAAAUUAAAAAAAAUCAUGGGGUAACGAUGCUGGAAGAGAAAUGGAUGUCCUCUCAGUGUACAUACCUUGGUUUUCAAAAUGGAGGUAAAAGGACUUAAAAACGUCACGAGUUAAGAUUCUCUGCUGCCACAACUUUUCAAAAUUAACAAAGCGGAAGGAAGGGCUGAGAAUUUUUCUAUCUUGAUUUUUUACGUUUAAUUUAUUUGGUAAUCAAUUUGAUGAAAGGGGGGCGGGGGGAGGGGGGGGUAAGAUGUGAAAAUUUCUUUUUUAAUUUAAGAGGGAGAAAAAAAAAGAGGAUUCCUGUGGUCUACAAGACAAUGAACACACUUAUAGAGUUUUUAAUUACAUAAAUGUACCUAUGGAAGUAAAAAAAAACAAAAAACAAACAUAAUGUUUCUUUAUUUAUUCUCUACAAUCGCUGUUUUAAAACAUAUGUCUUUAAAAGAAAAUAAAGUACAAUUUAGAAAAAAA